AUGGUGUUUCUGCAUUCUCGGGCCUUCUGCCUGUCUUUCUUUGCCCACGCUGCUGUUCCUUCCUCCACAUAUAUCGGUCGCCCUGGCGGCAACUCUGACCCCAACAAUAACAUCACCGUCGCCGUCAACGUCCCCUCGGGUAACUCCAACGAACUCUACUUCCAUUUCUCCGCCCCUGCUGGCAACUCCUACGCCGCCUUUGGCAUGGGUAGCCAGAUGAAAGGCGCCCUGAUGUUCGUUGCCUACUCCUCCGCCGAUGGCAGCAACGUCACGCUGAGUCCUCGCCUCGGAACUGGCCAUGUCGCCCCUCAACACACAGACAGCGUCCAGGUCGAGCUCCUGAGCGGAUCGGGCAUAAUCAACGACACAUAUGUUGUCAACAUGAAAUGCUCAAACUGCCGAACCUGGAGUGGUGGAAACGCUGAUGUUUUGAGCGAUAGCCAAGACAUGAUUUGGGCUGUGGGUAGUUCUGGUGAUAUCAACAGCAACGCCCUGGACGCCACCAUCCGACAACAUCAGGUCUUCAAUACCUUCGAUCUCGACUUCAAGCAGGCUACAGGGGACGCAGGCGUUCCAGUCGUCGAUUCUUCAACUGACAAUGUCGAUGUCAUCGCUGGUUCUGGUGGCAACCGCCAUCGCGGGAUUGCCUUCCACGCUUUCCUUAUGGUUGCUGCCUUUUUGGUCGUCUUCCCCGCCGGCUAUCUGUGCUUGCGAGUCUUCGAAAAGGUCUGGCUCCAUUGGGCCAUCCAGUCCUUUGCUUUGCUCAUGGUCGCAAUCGGCACUGGUGUUGGUGUUGCCAUCAGUAAGAGAGAGGACAUUGAGCCUAAUCUAACCCACCCUCAUCAAAUUCUCGGCUUCGUGAUCCUCGGUUUGCUGCUAAUGACUUGGGGCGUUGGUCUGACCGGCCACAUCCUUUUCAGACGCACUGGAAAACCGGCCCAAAUCAUGAAGGGCCAUCGUGUCCUUGGACCUGCCAGCAUGUCUCUUGGCUUGUCCAACUGUUUUGUUGGAUUCCGUUUCGCCAGUAACACUCGCGGAGCCAUCGUUCUCGCUGUUGCCGCCGUCCUCAUGAUCAUCUUUGUUGUCAGCGUUGUCUUCUUCAGCCGACGAAGAAAAAUGCGCAAGGGUGCCAUGAACACUCCAGCUGCCAACAACUUUCGAGAAGGCCAGAUGGGUGGACCCGCCCCUUAUGGGCCUCAAAGCCCAUCCAUGCCUUCCUAUGGCCAGGGCGGCAUUCCUCUAGCCAGCUACCAGAAUAACCAACCUCCUCCAGUUUACCGUUAG